AUGGCGCCCCGCGGGCCCCUCCGGCCGCGCAAAGUUCGCCGGCGGCGGGAGAUGCUGCCGCGCCAGGUCGGCCUCGUGUGCGCGGCGCUGGCCCUGGCGAGCUGCGCCGCCGGCCUCCUGGGGAGCUCGGGGCACAAAACACUGUCUACCAGCAAACGUGUCCUGCCAGACGCAUGGAGAAGCAGAAGGCUGAUGGCACCUGUGAAUGGGACUCAGGCAGCUAAGAACUGCACAGAUCCUGCCAUUCACGAGUUCCCCACGGACCUGUUCUCCAACAAGGAGCGACAGCACGGAGCCGUCCUGCUGCACAUCCUCGGGGCUCUGUACAUGUUCUAUGCUCUGGCCAUAGUAUGUGACGACUUCUUUGUUCCAUCUCUAGAGAAGAUCUGUGAGAAACUCCAUCUGAGCGAGGACGUGGCAGGAGCCACCUUCAUGGCCGCAGGGAGCUCCACCCCCGAGCUGUUCGCCUCCAUCAUCGGCGUGUUCAUCACCCACGGGGACGUCGGGGUUGGCACCAUCGUGGGCUCCGCUGUCUUCAACAUCCUGUGUAUAAUCGGAGUUUGUGGCUUAUUCGCCGGGCAGGUGGUCCGUCUGACGUGGUGGGCCGUGUGCCGGGACUCCGUGUACUACACCCUGUCCGUCAUCGUGCUCAUUGCCUUCAUAUAUGAUGAAGAGAUUGUGUGGUGGGAAGGCCUGGUGCUCAUCAUCCUGUAUGUGUUUUAUAUCCUCAUCAUGAAGUACAACGUGAAGAUGCAGGCCUUUUUCACACUCAAACAGAAGACCAUCGCCAACGGCAACACGGUGAACAGUGAACUGGAGGACGGUAAUGACUACUGUGACAGUGGCUCUGACGACCCCUCCCUGCCACUGCUGGGGCAAGUGAAGGAGGAGCCGCAAUACAGCAAAAAUCCAGUGGUGAUGGUGGACGAGGUCAUGAGCUCCAGCCCACCCAAGUUCAACUUCCCCGAGGCGGGCUUGCGCAUAAUGAUCACCAACAAGUUUGGGCCCAGGACUCGACUGCGGAUGGCCAGCAGGAUCAUCAUCAAUGAGCGACAGAGACUGAUCAACUCGGCGAAUGGUGUGACCAGCAAGCCACUUCAAAACGGGAAACACGAAAACAUUGAGAAUGGGAAUGUUCCCGUGGAAAAUCCUGAAGACCCUCAGCAGGAGCAGGAGCAACAGCCCGCCCCACAGCCACCUGCCCCGGAGCCAGAGCCAGUUGAAGCUGGCUUCCUGUCCCCCUUUUCCAUGCCCGAGUCGAGAGGAGACAAAGCCAAGUGGGUGUUCACCUGGCCCCUCAUCUUCCUCCUGUGCAUCACCAUCCCCAACUGCAGCAAGCCCCGCUGGGAGAAGUUCUUCAUGGUCACCUUCAUCACCGCGACCCUGUGGAUUGCUGUCUUCUCCUACCUGAUGGUGUGGCUGGUGACUAUAAUUGGAUACACACUGGGGAUCCCUGACGUCAUCAUGGGCAUCACUUUCCUGGCAGCGGGCACAAGUGUUCCAGACUGCAUGGCCAGUUUAAUUGUGGCGAGACAAGGCCUUGGCGACAUGGCGGUCUCCAACACCAUAGGAAGCAACGUGUUUGACAUCCUAGUGGGACUCGGCAUACCCUGGGGCCUGCAGACCAUGGUUAUUAAUUACGGAUCCACGGUGCGGAUCAACAGCCGGGGGCUGGUCUACUCCGUGGUCCUGCUGCUGGGCUCCGUGGCACUCACCGUCCUCGGCAUCCAUCUGAACAAGUGGAGGCUGGACCGGAAGCUGGGCGUCUACGUGCUGGUCCUCUACGCCAUCUUCUUGUGCUUCUCCAUAAUGAUAGAGUUUAAUGUCUUCACCUUUGUCAACUUGCCCAUGUGCCGAGAAGACGAUUAAAGCUGAGCUGCUGCCCCUGGGAGCUGUUCUGGACGCUGUGGCCCUGAUCCCCUCUCUCUCCCUGACCCCCCAAGUCUCCCGCAUCGGCAGCUGCCCUCUUUCAUACACUGGAAGAAGAGCCGUCGUGGUCUUUGGUCAUGGGCCAGGCUGCUGGGCGCCCUCCUCAUCCUGGGAGUUCUGCCCUCCCACCCCCAAGCAAGACUUGGGGUGCUCUCUGAGCAGCUUCGCAGGCCUCUGAGCUGCCAGCCGAGGGGAUGUGGUGUGUCUCAUCAUCUCUCUCGGACACUUUUGCCAGAAGGACUUCUGUGUGCGGUUGGUCUUUGUGCUGCACAGCGGCCGAGAAAUGCGGUUGUUGGUGAACACAAGGUUUUCCGGGCAAGUGCAAAACAGGAGUGUUGUCCUCCAGAGUUGUCCCUGGGCCAGGGGGUGUGUCCCUCAGGCGGCCUGUGGGACUUACUCGGAGCCUCCGACUUCUGCUGGAAGCACUCCCCAUUUGGAGGGGCCAGGCCUCAACCUGUGGGGCGUGGGGUUUGGACGACAAACAUGCCACCCCUUUUGUGGGCAAAAUUGCAAGAAUGGAAACCACUUUUCAGAGCAGAAAAGAGAAAAACAGGUGAAUAUUCUCGCUCUGACUGAUGCAUUCAGAGAAUGAGCAGUGAAAUAUUAAAAAUUAAAUGUCCUACAGGUCAUCAUACUUGAAAAAUACCAUUCCUUAGAAAAAGGACCAGUGUGGGGACCCAAACAAGGUAACGCUUAUGGGAAGGGAAUCUGGUGUGUACCGCGUGGCGUGGACACUAAGACGCGUGGUUGGAAUACAAGCCAGUGAAGGACUCACAUGGAAGGGACACCCACUCAGGGACACUGCGCCAUGGAGGUGACAGCUGUACCUACCAGACCUUCCCGGCCAUGCGUGCGACCAGGCGGUUUGGGUGUGUCAUGUCUUUGUUAAUGCUCUGUCUCCGAACCACCUAGUUGAAAGACCCAGUUGCUUAUAUGCCCAACAAAUCUCACAGCCUGCUGAGCUGGAAAGUGCCGGAAGUAAUGCUUAAUGACAAGAGGAGAGAUUUCCUGAAAAACAAUGAAUUGUUUUCUGGUUAGCUGGAGGCGAGUAUGAAAACCCUAACUUGGAAUUUUUAGAGCUGUUUCUUGAACCUUCUAGUUUGCUGCACAUGAAAAGCCAAGUCUGGGAGGCUGAUUCCAAGCUAGAUAGGAAAAUAUUAAACCAUUUCCGAUUGCUUCAUAGCUCUCAAAUCUAUAUUAAAGAGAUUUAUGAACACAAAACCAUUCGUGGUUUCUAAAAGAAAGCACAAUUAAUUUUAUAUAGAGGUUUUUUUUAUUUUUUUAAUGUUUCUAUUGUAAAAGUCUAUCCAAUUUGAUGCACUUUUAUUAUUGGGGUAUUUUGCACGGAACACUGGAUGGGAACAGCCCAGGAGGGUGUGAGGAAGGAAGGUUUUUAGCAUUCACCAGCCGUUAGUCCCGGUGGUGAGCUGCUAAUUGCUUCCUGAGACACAAAGGUAGUGACCCACGCUGGACUUCACAGCUGUGCUCUGGAAGGUGCAGCGCCUGCCUUUCAGAAGGAGGAAGCAGUCAAGCUUGUGUCCUGUCAGUUUCCUUUAGCUUGAGGCUAAGGCAGGACAGGCAUCUGUUCUGGAUCCGAAUCAGUGUUAGUAGCUACACCAAGUUGAGGUUUCUCUUUUUGUUGCUCUGCCUGCAGAGUGGGCCCAGCAGCCUUCAAGUUGAGGAUGGUGCAAUGAUCUGAGUGGGAGGCCAGGGAACCUGAAGGGUCAUUGGUGUAAACUGGAGAUGCCAGGGGGGUUGAAGGCCUCAGGACCAUUCUGUGUCUCCCAGCACAGCUGACCUAGUCCUCUCCGUCUCAUAGACUCAUCCAGGCUUCCAAGUGCAUCUGUCUGUUCUGAUUCUCAAACUGCCCUAUGAUCUUUAACAACAAAUUUCGUCUUAGGUCCCGGUGAGUGAUUCUGGUCAAUGGCCAGCAAGUAGCUGAGCAGGCCCCAAGCUCCAGGUCCUCAGCCCUCCCAGCUCAGCCAGUUUAGAUGGGUUACACGGGUAGGCCACCCUUUGGUGGGGCCAGGUGUAGUUAUGCCUUUGUCCUUGUGGUUGGCUUCUAUUGUUUAAGUCAGAACUUCAUCAGAUAUUUAAUUAAUUCACAGUUAUUUAAUUUUAUUUAAUUAACUCAGUUAUUUAAUUAACUCACAUUCAUACCCGAGUAUCUAUCCCCAUUCGAUCAUUGCUCCAUUUUUUUCCUGAUACAGACCAAAAACUAGAUGGACCCCCAGUGAUGUCCCCACUGGCGCUGACGUCUCAAAAUCUUCACGUAGUUUUCAGAGAACGCAUCCCGAUUACCCACCUCUUCCUCAGCGACUCCAGCUGAGAUUUAAAGUAUACCACAGCUACAGUUUGAGACUAAAAAAUAUUUCUAGUGUGUAGAGCAUUCCUCGUGGCUAAUUCUCCUAGGACUUGAAUGUGCCAAUGUGACUUCCUUAAGGGAUCUAAGCAUCUAUUGUAUCUAGGAAACUAUAUAUACACUGUAGGUGAAAAUGUCUCUUUUUUAACUAAAUAUUUUUCCACCACAAGUUUGAAGAGUUGCUUGAUUAAUUAGACCUUCACUUUAAAAUAAUGCUUUCCUCGCUAUGCAGGAUUACUUCCUUUAUUUUAUUCCUGAAGCUAAUUAGCAUGGGGUAAUUACUCUGCUGCAAAAAAUAGACAGUUAAGACGAAAUAAAUUUAGCUCUUCUAAUUGGGGGCAGAAAAGAAAAAAAAAAAAUCACUACAUUCAGAAGAUGUCUCUAGAAGCAAGAGCAGGUAGUUCUGGUUUGGGCCUGUCCUCACCGGCACAGCGGGGUCAGGGCUAGGUGCGUGGCGGUGCCCUGAGAACCUGGUCCUGGAGGGAGGUUUGGGGUCAGCGGCAGUGAGACCAUGGUCAGGGGCACUAGAGCACCUCAGAGUUGUCCCCUCCACCUCUCCUCUAACCCCCAGUCUGCUGGCCCCUAUGAGUUUGCACCUCUUCUUUAUCGCCUGCCUGUUAGGACUGUCUUGACUGUGUCAAUCCCCUGCCUUUACAGCCUGAGCAGCUGAGAAGCCACUAACCCUCCUGGGUAGGCCAGGUGGGGCAUUUGUCACUCCUGGGCAGUGCUGCAGACCCCCUCCUGGGCUGCCCCCUCUGGCUUUGCAAGGCUUAUGGUGUCAGCAGGAGAUCACCAGAUCCAGAGAUCACCAGACCCCACAAACAGGCUGGAAAUCUAGACAGGAUGUGUGUGGGGAGCUCCUUACAACACCCUUUGCUCUGGGCGUUUCUCUGCUCCGAGUCCCAGGGCCUCUCCCAUCUCCUCCAGGUGGGAGUGGACAAAGGGGCAUGGACUGUGAGGGUGGCUGUCCCCCGUCCCAGGAAGAUCUGGGGAGAGUCACAGCUUCAGCGAGGAAGCUGCUUUCCAUGGGCAGGAGGGGAGUGGCAGGGGGUGAAGGUGCUGAGCAGUGUGGCCCUGCUGCCACGUGGGGCCAUUACCCCUGAGAAUCAGCAGCAGAGAAGUUGCUGCUGCUAACAGGACUGCCACCCUCCCUGGGCCCUGCUGCUGGGGGGCAGGGGAGGGGCAGGGAGGAAGGUGCUGGCUCUUCUCUCCCACCCCCACCUUCCUUCCCUUGUGGGCUGAGUUCCUCCCUGGCUGUGCUGUGUAUGGGGCAGGCACUCAGCAAAAGUUUGUAGCUGCCAUAAACAAAAAGAACUCGCUCCCUAGGGUGAAAAUCUUUGCAUUGUUCUCACAGGCUAUUAUUUAAAUAUUCCUGGUCUUGCUGAUGCCUCUGACCAGGACCUCUGGGUGAGUUUCCUUCCCUGGGGGCAGUUAGCUGAGGCCUCCAGGGCACCUGAGAGGGUCCAUGUCUCAGCAACCUCAUCGCUGCAUGUGCCCCUAGAAAAUUCCAGGUGUUUCUAAAAGUGCUGCCUGGGCAGCUUUGGGAUGACAGGAAGUCUGUUAUCCCUCAUCCCAUCCUGGACCCGCAAUGCUGCCUCUGUGCCCUCCCCCCUCUCUCUGGAUUCUCCCAGAGCUCCUGAGCACCCCACCAGGAGUAAAUCUUACUCUCUGGCAUGUCUGAUUUCAUGAGGGGCACGUGAACCCCUCAAACGUGAAGCCUCCCUUGGGGCCAUCUCAAAGCAUGGAGAAGGGCCCCCACUGUGUCACUCAUGCGGGUGGUGGAACGAGGGUGUCUUUCCAUGGUCCAGCCCACCACAGACUGGACUUGGUUUUGCCCACUGGCCUGGGUGGGGGAGGGGGCGCUCUCCCUGCUGCGCAGAGAACCCGGGGCACAGUCCAUGGGGAUAGAGAUUUAAGGUGUCAAGUUGUUCCAUUUGCUUCUUAAUAAGAAAAACUAAGUCAAGAUACUAGUUCUGUGCUUCACCGUGGCCUGGAGGCUGACAGGAGAACGUCCCACCUGCUUGGUGGUUUGGGGCUUUGGUUAUUUUACGGGGAUUUUGAAAAUUCUAAUUUUAUUUUUCAAAGGGAAAUGACUUCAGGCUGCGCUGUCUCUGCUAAGGUUGCCCUGUCCCUGCUAACCCCUCAUGCACUGCCAGGGCUGGCGACUGUGCUGCGUGUCAUCUCACCAUCUCUCACCUCCUACCUAGUGCGUCGGAGGCCAUCUGUUUGUCUAAGUGGUGUAUUUUUCACACACUCCUUAGCAGGACCUGAAAGCAUCCUCUCAGGUGGAGGAAAAUGUUGUCUGUCUCGUGCCCUGGUACAGGACUGGGGGCCAGGGGCGGUGCCCCAAGAGUGAAAUCACCCUGUACCUAGCUAGGUGACAGUGGAGCCCUUGGGGGUGCAAGCCUGGGAUUGGCUGCUCUUGAUCAAAAGCCUGAUGACAGAUCGAGGCGUGCUCUGCCCCGCGUCCCCCUGUUGCCAGCAGUCAAACAGUCGCUUUUUAUGCAGCAUGUCGCUUGGGACUUUUCCAUGGUUGAAGCCAAUAAAAUUCUUAAUCCUGGAGAAAGUAGGUAAUUUUCCCAUCUCACCACUGGAAAACUUUUUUGUAGGCUCUCAAGAGAGGCAGUGUUUGCUUUCUAGUUGCGUGGUUUGGGCAUAGUCAGCCUCUGUGCGUACACGGAGGGACCCAGGGCUCCCUGCACCUACUCCAGAAACUCCCACGGCGGGAAUUCCCGCGCAUCCAGGCAGGCGCACAGUCCCCUUGCAACUGGGAAUGAUCAGGGUGUGAGCGUGGCAGUUCUGUUUUUCCAAAUAUUCUAGUGUGUUCUCUGCUGGCUGCUGGGGCAUCCCAUGCCUUUCAGAGGCCUCUUUUCAGGAGGGGAGGUGCUGAUCACCUCCUGGAGCUUCCUCCAUUGGCUUGGACCAAGCAUAUUGGGGAACCCAGUGGGCAGAGCUGUGGCUGAGCAACUGUGUCUGGUCCUUGGGGAUCCCCCUUAGGAGACUGCUCGUCUGGGCCACCAGUUCAGGGCACACCCUCCCUGUCCAGCGUCCUCUGAGUGUGUCCGGCAUCCAGCCGCUCGCGGCCAUGAAUAGUUGCCGGGUGUUCAAACACAAAGAGACCUUUGUUACCUAGAGCGGAAAGAGGCUGCCAGCCAGAUGGGGCCAGGUCCAUGGGCAGAGGCAGAAGCUGCCAAAAAAGGGGCCCGGCCAAGAGAGGCCAGGUACCCCAGAUACAGCCAGGCUGGGCAUGACUUCUACAGGGUUAUUGGAUCUUCCUGGGGCCCAGCUGUGACUUACCAGAUGGCAGGUAGAUAGAACCAGCGGGCUGUUGUGUGGAGCAAGAACCCCCUUAAAACAACCCAAACCAAGAACUUGUGGGGCUGAUACCUAUCCCUGAGCCCCCCACAAGACAUUGCCAGCAUGUUGGGCCCAAUGCCGCCAUCUUUGUUCAUUCUCUCUCAUAGACAAUGCAGGAGCAAUGAGUUGAAAAGUUGUAAAUAAUAAAUAUAUUUAUCCCACUAUUUAUUUUUUCAAGAACUGUGACCUCCUGCACUGUGAAUGCUCUGUGAUAUGAGAUUCUUAGUUUAAUAAAACUGUCAUAAAAAUUUGAAUGAAUUGCUAUUAUUGGUUACUAAACACUGGCAUGAGUUUAUUUUUAUUGUGAAGACGAAUCUAGAGUAAAUAUGAACUAAAUCUUUAUAAGAAAUCUAGCAGUCAGUAUUGUAAUGCAAUAUAUCAAAAUCUGUACACUGUCAAUAAAAUAAAUGAGCACAAGUUGUCUUUCUAUAGAGCUUCCAUUCGUGUAUAAUAGACACAUCCUAUUUGUAUUUUUUGAGAGAAUUCUUUCCACUGGAACAACAGCCAUUUGGAACCAUUUCUAUUUGCAUAUCAAGA